UGAAACAGGAUAUUGCAUCAUGUGUUGGUUAGUGGGCAAGUCCUGAAGGCUUUUCUUGCCUGUUUGUACAGGUGCUUUAAAACAUGUAAACACUGACUCUUGAAGUCGCGGCACGCCCUCCACUGAAAUACCCGUAAAAUUGUAAUAGUACCUAUACUGUCGGGGUCACACAGUCGUACCAUAAGUGCUCUUCCCUUUUACUUCUACGUACACAAUGUCACCUUUGACCGACAACCUGGAACCGGUUUACGUGGCACAAAGGGAGGGGUGUAUGCGACCUGCGGGAUGCACACACACGACUGAAUAGGACGCCGAAAGUUCACUGUCUUGGAUCGGGGAGGCUCUUGUGUGGAGCAUAGACGACUGCGUGUAUUUAAGACUGACUACACCUGAAAAACCCGAAGAAGACACCGGUACGACCAACCAUGGCUGUUAGCAAACUUUCUCCCCUGACUCAACUGUUUGUCAAGAUUUCUAACUGUUUGUCAGAAGACGAUGUCAGAAAUCUGAGGGCCAUUCUUGUCCAGGACGGUAUUGGACUGGCAAACCUGGAACAAGCAACACCUCUUGAGGUGUUCAACAUGCUGGAGGAUAAUAAUAAAAUCGGCAAGGGUGACUUACAGCUCUUCGUGCAGGUUUUAAGAGAUCUGGGGAAAACAAAAUUAGCAGAGGAAGCUGAACAACUUGAACAAGACCAGAGGAAUGAACUAGAGGAAAAACAGACAACGAUCACAGACACAGAGGUGCAUAAGGUUCAGACGAAUGAAAGAGAUCAACAAGAGAUUCUCAAAAAGAAAGAAAUGAAGAAAAGGCAGCACCAGCUCUUCAUACAGCAGACAAGAGACUGGGCUUUUAUUAUAUGCAUUUCUUUCUUCAUUUUAAUCUUAGCAGUCCGUGUGUCUAAUGAAAGGUCCAGGCAGCCUCAGGCUUCAUCAACUGUGAUCACUAUUGAGGUCCUGGAGAACUCAGUAGAAAGUCUGCCCUGCUUUGUCACAGUCACAACAGUCACUGCAGAUCUAACAGGUGGGAAAGUUGCACCACAGAUAGAAGUGACCUCGCCCCGGGGUAAAACCACCCUCAUACAAACAACAGCACACACUAGUCCCCCACUUGAAGCGAAGAAGGGACAAACCAGCAGAGUUAGCAGGGUCUGGGGUGCAGAGUGGAGACCUCAGGAGUCAGGCAAACACACAUUGGGGGCCUGUAUGGGCGGUAGAAAGGAUCUUUGUUCUCUCACAGUGACUGUAGAUGUGGGAAGUAACAACCCAAUAAUGAGCCUUGGGCAAAAGGGAAGCCAGCAGGGACAGUUUGACAGUCCAGUAGGUGUAGCAGUCAGAGGGGACAGGCUGUAUGUGGCUGAUACUUACAACAAUCGUGUUCAGGUGUUUGAUCUGAGUGGGAAGUUUUGUCACUCAUUUCCUACUGACUUGCCUGUAGGACUUGCAGUUCAGACUGAUGGCACCAUAGUGGUGAACUCUGGGAAGGAAGUGAAAAAAUUUUCCCCAUCAGGAGAACUGCUGCACAAAUUUCCCCUGGGUGACUAUUGGAGUGACCCCCUUUGCAUACGCCUCAAUGGGCUGGCAGUACAGAGGGAUGGGAGGGUUGUUGUAGCUGAUGGAGACAAACACAGCAUCUUCCUGUUUGAGACAGAUGGGACACUGGUGAAACAGGUGAGAGGGCAGGGGGAGGGGGAUGGGCAGUUUGACUGGCCAUGUUUUGUCUGCGUGGAUAAAGAAGACAACAUCAUUGUGGCAGAUUCUCUCAACCACCGUGUUCAGGUGUUUGACAGGAAUCUUAACUUCAAACACAAGUUUGGUCAGAAGGGUAGACAGCCACAGGACAUGUGGGAUCCUUCAGGGGUGUCAACUGACAGCAUGGGUAACAUAGUUCUGGCAAACAGUGGGGAAUUAUUUACGAAUUUAGGUGGUGCAGAACAUGGCAAGAAGCUUCAGGUGUUUCGCCCAGACGGCACCUGGGUGUCCACCAUUAGUAGUGAUGGAGACAAAUUAAACGUUCCCUUUGGGGUGGCUGUGACAGAGGAUGGGCAUGUGUUUGUAGCUGAUUAUGGUGACCACUGUAUCAGGAAGUACAGAUACAUCUAACAGUACAGAAUGUUCCAGGUACAGGAACUGUGAGCACCUCACAAGCUCAGUAUUAUAAAGUAAGGUACAAAUGUGGGACAAGCAUUAGUAAACUUCCAGUAAAGUUUGUGAUCUGAUAAUUUUUGUCAAGACCCACAGAUUAUGAUUUAACCUAGACUAAAUAUAAGACCCAACAGUAAUUAUCGGAAAUGACUUUAGUGUGUUUAGUGCAUACAUGUGUGCCUUUAUAUAGUUAUGAUGGGAUGAUUUUAACUUUUAUUGUGAUAUUGAUCAAUGUGCGGUAAGUAGUGUGUAUCAUAACAUGUACAUGUAUAUAACUGUAACCUUUAGCAACUUUUCUAUUGUCACUCAGACCUCAUUCACACUCAAAAAUGGAUCCAGAUUCACCACCGAUCCCUAUCGAAAUUAUGUAAUUUUAUGUAUGAAAAAAGACACGUUAGAUUCAGUCAAUCCGGAUCGGUUUUUGCAGCGUAAACGCGGUACGCUCCAAUCGGGAUUGAUUUUUUCCCGAUCCCGAUCCAAAAGUAAUCCACCUCGAGGAGGUAGUUCUUCGGACGCAAACGCGAAUGUGAAGGCAAAGUGGAUUGGCUUUCAUCUUGGAUUCGCCUGGUGUGACGCGAUGUGCCACAAAUACCACAAUCGAUCGAAUCCAAUAUGCAAAAUCCAUCAUGAGACAAGGUCUUUGUGUGAUGCUAUAAUUGGCCUAAUAUAGAGAUAUGAUGCCAAAAUUUACGGCAGAGUUGCAGCGGCUCAGGCGCGUCCAGGAUGGCGGCCUCUAAUCACGUGACACCUCAAUCCAUUUCUGAGCGAAAUGCACGAUGCAAUCGGGAUCGGUGAAAAGCAGUGUGAACGCACUGGUCGAUCCAGAUCGAUGAAUUUCUGAUCCAAAUCGACUGUUAAUCUGGAUCCAUUUUUUGAAUGUGAACAUGGUCACAAU